GCCGGUUAGAGUGCAAAACUCCGGUCGGUAUGCUGGAUAUCUCCAGUGUAUCUAUGUAUAUCAAUCUACUGGGAAAGCUGAGAGCACUAAGGUUGUAGCAUGAUGGUAGAGCAAAAAGAAGAAACCCCGGUCGAAAGCCCUAAGAUGGAGAAUGGAAAAUUGGAAAAUGGAUCAAAUGGUUCUUCCGAAACAGAAGUUCCUGAUGGUAAACCUUCUGAUGAAAAUGGAAUUGUGAAAAGUGAAAGUUUUGAUAACAAGCUAAAGAGAUCUGAACCCCUUGAUGUUUGUGAAAUGAUUCCAGUUGCUGCUAAACACAAGAUGGCCACUGCUGGAGAGUUUCCUGAUAUUCAAAACGGUGAAUCUAAGUCAGAGAUUAAUGCACAUGAGAAAGUUACAGAUCUAACAGAACACUCAACAGGUGUUUCUGGUGCUGAAGAAUCUACAGAAUCUUCAGUAGCUGUCUCAGAAUCUACAGUAACGUCAAUAACUGUUGCUGAUGUUACAGAACCUUUGAUAGUUGGAGCAGAAUCUACAGAAUCUACAGAACCUUUGGUAGUUGUAGCAGAAUCUACAGAACAUACAGUAGUCGGUGUAGAAUCUACAGAACCUACAAUAGUUGGUGUAGAAUCUACAGAACCUACAGUAGUCGGUGUAGAAUCUACAGAACAUUCAGCAGUCAUUGUAGAAUCUACAGAACCAUCAGUAGUCAGUGUAGAAUCUACAAAACCUUUAACUGUUGCUGAGGAUUCCACAAAAACUUCAUUGACUGUGGCAGAAUCUACAAAUUCUUCUGCAGUUGAAGCAGAUUCUACAAAACCUUUAGCAGUUGUUGAUACAAAUACUACAGAAACAUCUUCAAUAGUUGAGUCAGAAUCCAUGGAAAAUUCAUCAAAAUCUCCAGAAACUUCUGCAGUUGGAACAGAAAUAACAGAAUCUUUUUCAGUUGGGACAGAAAUAACAGAACCUUCUGCAGUUGGGACAGAAAUAACAGAACCUUCUGCAGUUGGGACAGAAAUAACAGAACCUUCUCCAGUUGGGACAGAAAUAACAGAACCUUCUCCAGUUGGGACAGAAAUAACAGAACCUUCAGAAGUUGGGACAGAAUCUACAGAAUCUUUUGCAGUUGGGACAGAAUUAACAGAACCUUCUUUAGUUGGGACAGAAAUAACAGAACCUACUGUAGUUGGGAAAUCUACAGAACCUUCAGUUAAUGGGACAGAAUCUACAGAACCUUCUGUAGUCAGAGAAGAAUCUACAAACCCACUAUUGGAUGCUGAAGACAAAAACACUUCCCCUAUUACCAUAAUGGAAUCGUCCAAUAUCCCUGCAUUUGUUCCAGACUCUACAGAAUCAUCAGCAUCAAAAUCCUUGGAAAACUCUGCUUUGGUUUCUUCAGAACACUCUAGAAAAUCAAAGGAGUCUUCAAUUGUUACUGAUAAAUCUUCUGAACCUGUUUCUGAUGUUACAAAUACUACAGAAUCAGCCAGGACUGUUCAAGAAACUGUAACAGGACAUUCUGCAACUUUUACAGAAUUACUAGUAACUUCUUCAGAAUCUACCAAAACUUCUACGGACACUUCAUCAACAAUCUCAUCAACUGAAACUUCUGCAGUUGUGAAAGAAUCUUCAGAACCUUCCAUACUAGUUAUCAAGUCAACGGAAACUUCUAAUGAUGUUUCAAAAUCUGCUAAAGUUUCUUAUGACACUUUAACAACAGAAGUCACAAAAGUUACAGCUGUUUCCGAAACUGUAGAAGCAGACUCUAAAGUUUCUAAGUUAUUUCCUGAAGAGAUUACUAAACCCCCGGUCACAGUUCCUAGACGUGUUAAAACCAUGUCAGGAUCUAAUGAUACAGAUCCUAGGAUCAGGGAUUCCUAUCAGGAAACAAAAAAGGAGAUUGAAGAUUCUUUAACAUUUAUCAAAUCUAAACUAACCCAAUCUCCUCCGGUUCCUCCCAACAAGACGAAAAGAACGUCAAAUGCCCCUAAAACUGAAGAUAUAAAACUAGAACCUGGAAAAGUGAAGAAUCCUGAGAAUUCUGAUUAUGAACCCAUCAACACAACGCAUCCUGAUCCAGUAUACGAAACUAUCCCAGUAGAUGACACUACCCUGGAGAAAUACAAUCCUAAAGCUAUGACUGAAGAAAAUGGAAAACCUAAAGAGUAUUCUCGCGAAUGUAUUCCUCCUAUGCGACCAACAAGAACCAGAAAACCAGAAAGUUUAAGAGUUCCAGAUUGGAGUGCUCCUAAACAGAAUUUGAUUUCUUAUCUAUUCAGUUGUUUUGUCCCCAAGAAAGUUUAAAUGCCGGAUUAUAUAUUUUCUCUAAGCUACAUAACAUGACAGUAAAAUAUUCGUAUAAAUAUUAACAUAUUCUCAAUAAACAAUUAUAAAGA